GGCCUUGCGCACGGGAAGAUGGCGGCGUCCAGGUGGAGGUCUUGAAGAGACCAGAUCGGUAUGGCGUUGGCAUCGGGGCCCGCAAGGCGGGCGCUGGCUCGCCCCGGACGGCUCGGCCUUGGGGGCUGCGGGGCCCCGAGACGUGGGGCGUACGAGUGGGGCGUGCGCUCCACGCGGAAGCCCGAGCCUCCUCCCCCAGACAGGGUAUACGAAAUCCCUGGACUGGAGCCCAUCACCUACGCGGGGAAGAUGCACUUCAUGCCCGGGCUAGCGCGGCCGGUCUUCCCUCCCUGGGAUCCUGGCUGGACGCAUCCAAAGUUUCGCCGCCUGCCCCCGAUUCACGAGCAUCCGCUGUACAAGGACCAGACCUGCUACACUUUCCACCAGCGUUGCCGCCUCCUCGAGGGUGUAAAGCAGGCCCUCUGGCUUACCAAGACCAAGUUGAUAGAAGGCCUUCCCAAAAAAGUGCUCAGCCUUGUUGACGACCCAAGGAACCACAUAGAGAACCAAGACGAACGUGUUCUGAAUGCGAUCUCUCAUGCCCGUCUCUGGCACUCCACUGAAGACAUCCCCAAGAGAGAGACCUACUGCCCAGUCAUUGUGGAUAACCUGAUACAGCUGUGUAAAUCCCAGAUUUCCAAGCAUCCUUCUCUGGCCAGACGGAUCUGUGCCAAAGGCUACGCGUCAUGUACCACGUGGACUCGAGAAUCUAUCCUCCUUCAGGUCCGUGGUUCCAGCGAAGCCCGACUGAGUGCCAGGGACCCUCUGCCCCCCAUCGCCUCCAGGGAGGAGGUUGAAGCUACUGAGAACCAUGUUCUUGAGACCUUCUAUCCCAUAUCUCCCACUGUUGACCUUCAGGAAUGCAAUGUUUAUGAUGUGAAAGACGAGAGUGGAUUCCGGGAGGGCUAUCCUUACCCCCACCCCCAUACGCUGUAUUUCCUGGAGACGGCCCAUUCACGACGGUACCGCUUUCGGCCAGACCCACUGCGGGCCAAGAUGAUCCUGUUUGCCUUUGGCAGCGCCCUGGCCCAGGCCCGGCUUCUCUAUGGGAAUGACACUAAGGUUUUGGAGCAGCCAGUAGUUGUGCAGAGUGUCGGCACCGACGGACGUGUCUUCCAGUUCCUGGUGUUACAACUGAACACCACAGAUCUGGCCUCUAAUGAGGGCGUCAAGAAUCUGGUCUGGGUGGACUCAGACCAGCUCCUCUAUCAGCAUUUCUGGUGUCUCCCAGUGAUCAAAAAGAAGGUGGUUGUGGAACCUGUUGGGCCGAUUGGUUUCCAGCCAGAGACGUUCAAGAAGUUUUUAGCUCUGUAUCUGCACGGUGCUGUGUGAGUCAAGGACUGUUCUGAGGCCUGAAGCGCCCCCUGGACAUCCUGCCUCCUGGGCGGUGCUGGGGCCGCCUGGAGCCGCUGCCGUUUUGGCCCGGUGGGCUUGCCCGACAAUAAAGUUUCCGGUGCAUGGAA